AUGACCGAAAGCCGGAAUGAGGCUAUUGGUCGGAAAACAUUCAAGCCGCGCCGAAACGGUGCUGCUCGCAGCCAGAGAGACCGGCAUUAUGCGUGCAGCAUCUGUGAAGAGACCUUUACGAGAUCGGAACACCUACGGCGCCAUGAGCUUUCCCAUCGCAAUCACAAACCUCAUGCAUGUCCGCAAUGCAGUCUGACGUCGGCUCGCAAAGACGUCAUCUCCAGACACGUCAAAAAGUUUCAUGGUCCCGUCUGUACGAAUUCCCCUAGACGACGAAACGACAAUGAGGUUCUCCUUUCCUUUGCCGAAUCGGACAUCAACGCCCCCCCCCCGGCCAUUGGGGCGCCGCAUACUCUGUCCCCCAAUGCCACGAUCUAUCCGGUUCCAACCUUGGGAAUCCCCUAUGACGACUCUUCCGAAUCUCUUCUUCUGGGCAACGCCCCGGUGGAUCUCAUGCCAGAUGCCGGAGCGUCGAGAUCCGACGUCGACAUCAACUUCGAAAUUCUCGACGAUUACAUUUUUCAAAUCUUGCAGCCAGACGCCACCGUCUUCCUUCCCAUCACCUCGGAUUGUUCGAGGAAGACUCCAGACCACCGGGUGGAAAUGACCCGAGCCUUGGAUACGGAUUACCAGAGCAGCGGCCUCUUCCUGGAAGUGUCACCGCGGGAAAUAGAGCUGGCCGAGGCUCAACUCAAGCAGUUCGAUGUGGAGGGCCGUCUCAGUGGCUUCGGCUACCCCUCGCGAUAUAAAGUGAUCAGGUUCCUGAAGGGAUUCCUUAAUUAUUUUUUACCGCAUGCGCCGAUCGUGCAUAACCCAACAUUCAGUCUCACCACGACUUCGGUCCUUGCCAUCUUAGCGAUCGGGGCCGUUCAUGUCAAUGAGGCUGAAGUGGCGACCAAUCUCCAUCAUGCGGUGCUGAAGUUGCUUGCAGAGCAUGAUGAGUUGGUCACGAUCGGUGAGAAAGAAGCAAUCUUUCAGUUAUGGGAAUUCCAAACGAGACUCCUCUCUUGCCAAUUUGGCCUGUUUAGCGGUGACUCUAUCCUCCAACGUCAAGCUCGGUUGGCCUUCGCCAGACUCCCCGCGCUCGCCCAAGAGGCCAAGAUCGCUGCUAGCGCUGCGUCAGGGAAUACGUGGGAAGAUUGGAUCAUGAAAGAGACCAUACAUAGGUGUAUCACUUGGACGGGAGUGCUGGCCGCCAUACUGCUAUGCGAUGAAGAAGAGGUUGCCUUCAAAUUCCGUAUUGCAGAACCGGACGUGCCUCUGCCUUGUUCCGAAUUGCAAUGGUCUGCCUCCGCGAGCGACUGGCAGGAAACGCCACCCCGGCAAAUAUCGUCCGUCGAAUCCUUCCGGAAGAUCAUUGAGGGUCAGCCAGUCGAGGGGGAUGUCACUCCCUUUGGCCUCUUAGCGAUCAUCAGUGCGAUCCUGUCCUAUAUUUGUUCCAUGGAAAACUUGGACGAAUAUCACAUUCGGCGCUCUCCCCAGUUGGAUGACGGUUCCUUGGAAACGGCCCUCCGGGUGUGGGAAGAUACGUGGAAACGACAUCCUUACUGCCAUUCCUUGCCCGAGGCCCCUCACGGUCCUCUGAUGGCCGAUUCCAUCCUCGUCUUGAACUCCGCCUACUUCCAUCUCUACGCCAGCCGCCAGUUGAGAGAACUCAAGGCUUUCGUCCGAUCUCCCGCCUUGCAGACGUCUCCGCUCGACCUGGAAAGUCUCUACAGCCUGCCUUGUCACCCGGGCCUGGUCAAAGGGCUCACGCGAGCGGCGCGGUCGCUCUUGCUCCGGGUACGUCUGGGAAUCCGACACCUGAUGAAGACUGUAUCGCUCAGCCACUCAUGCUACGGCCCCCUGCCAUCAUAUGAAGGAGGUCUGUUGCUGACCUGGUACCUACUGGGGAUUCGGAUCUUUGGAAAACCCGGAAAGGCCGAUCCAACCAUCAACAGCAUUAUCGAUGAGAUGGUCACUGAAAGCGAAGGCGCAUAUGAACCGCCGAUCCAGCGGGAAUUUCUGCCGUUGAUGCUCAUUGAAGACCUGUUCCGAGAACGAUGGGUCUGGCAAUCGUCUGGUCUCCUCGGUGAAAACCUCAGGCGCAUGAUCCAGCGGGUCGACAGUUUGAAGGACUAUAUUAACAUGGAAUGA